CCCCCGCGCGGGCUUCUUUCUGGCCAGUCGCGCGUGGGCUGAGGCCCUGGGCGGGCGUUGCGAAGCGUUGUUUGUUUGAGUCCGGACCCUGUGGCUGUCCGCGGUCCCCUCGGCGUGAGGAGGGCACACCCCCUGCGUCGGUAGCAUGGGCCGUCGUGUGGACUGCUAGGGGCAAGCUGGCCGGCGUGCGGCUGCGGCCAUGAACUCACCCGUGGACCCCGGCGCCCGGCAAGCGCUGCGGAAGAAGCCGCUGGAGCGGACGCCCGAGGAUUUAAAUACUAUUUAUUCUUAUCUUCAUGGAAUGGAAAUAUUAUCAAAUCUCAGGGAACAUCAGCUUAGGUUAAUGUCUGCAAGAGCACGCUAUGAGAGAUACAGUGGCAAUCAAAUUCUCUUUUGUUCAGAAACUAUUGCCAGAUGUUGGUAUAUCCUGCUUUCUGGAUCUGUACUUGUGAAAGACUCCAUGGUCUUACCUCCUUGCAGUUUUGGUAAGCAGUUUGGAGGAAAAAGAGGAUGUGAUUGUCUUGUAUUAGAGCCUUCAGAAAUGAUUGUGGUAGAGAAUUCUAAAGAUAAUGAAGACAGUAUUCUACAAAGAGAAAUUCCUGCCAGACAGUCUCGACGAAGGUUUCGAAAAAUAAAUCAUAAAGGAGAGCGCCAAACCAUAAUUGAUGAUGUGGACAUUAAUAGCUAUCUUUCUCUUCCAGCUGAUCUUACCAAGAUGCAUCUCACAGACAGCCCUCAUCCACAGGUGACUCACGUGUCUUCUAGUCAGUCUGGUUGUAGCAUUGCCAGUGACUCUGGAAGCAGCAGUUUAUCCGAUAUUUAUCAGGCUACAGAGAGUGAGGUAGGAGAUGUAGAUUUAACGCGCCUUCCAGAAGGACCUGUUGAUUCUGAGGAUGAAGAAGAGGAAGAGGAAGAGAUUGAUCGAACAGAUCCAUUGCAGGGACGAGAUCUUGUUCGGGAAUGUCUUGAAAAAGAACCUGCAGACAAAACGGAUGAUGACAUUGAGCAGUUACUUGAAUUUAUGCACCAGCUCCCUGCUUUUGCAAACAUGACCAUGUCAGUAAGGAGAGAGCUCUGCUCAGUGAUGAUUUUUGAAGUGGUGGAGCAAGCUGGAGCUGUCAUUCUUGAAGAUGGGCAAGAGCUUGACUCAUGGUAUGUUAUUUUGAAUGGCACUAUAGAAAUUAGUCAUCCAGACGGAAAAGUUGAAAAUCUCUUUAUGGGGAAUAGUUUUGGAAUUACUCCCACUCUGGAUAAGCAAUACAUGCAUGGAAUUGUUAGGACUAAAGUAGAUGAUUGUCAGUUCGUCUGCAUAGCCCAGCGGGAUUAUUGGAGAAUUUUAAAUCAUGUAGAAAAAAAUACCCAUAAAGUUGAGGAAGAGGGAGAAAUUGUUAUGGUACAUGAGCACCGAGAGUUAGAUCGGAGUGGAACCAGGAAAGGACACAUUGUAAUCAAGGCAACACCUGAGCGUCUCAUCAUGCAUUUAAUAGAAGAACAUUCUAUUGUGGACCCAACUUAUAUAGAAGAUUUUCUAUUAACUUACAGGACAUUUCUUGAAAGUCCUUUGAAUGUUGGAACCAAGCUACUGGAAUGGUUUAAGAUUGACAGUUUGAGAGAUAAGGUGACACGGAUUGUAUUAUUGUGGGUAAAUAAUCAUUUUAAUGAUUUUGAAGGUGAUCCUGCUAUGACUCGAUUUCUAGAAGAAUUUGAAAAAAAUCUAGAAGAUACGAAAAUGAAUGGUCAUCUCCGGCUGUUGAAUAUUGCCUGUGCUGCAAAAGCUAAGUGGAGACAGGUUGUGUUGCAAAAGGCUUCCCGAGAGUCACCCCUGCAUUUCAGCCUCGCCGGGGGAAGUGAAAAGGGAUUUGGUGUUUUUGUUGAAGGAGUAGAACCUGGUAGCAAAGCUGCUGAUGCGGGAUUGAAACGUGGUGACCAGAUAAUGGAAGUAAAUGGGCAAAAUUUUGAGAAUAUUACAUUUGUGAAGGCUCUUGAAAUUUUGAGGAAUAAUACUCAUCUUGCCCUUACCGUGAAGACCAACAUUUUUGUUUUCAAAGAGCUGCUUAGUAGGACCGAACAAGAGAAAUCUGGUGUUCCUCAUAUUCCCAAAAUUGCUGAAAAAAAAAGUAAUCGUCACUCAAUCCAAGAUGUACCAGGAGAUAUUGAGCAGACAUCACAGGAGAAAGGACAUAAGAAAGUUAAAGCAAAUACUGUUUCGGGUGGAAGAAACAAAAUCAGGAAAAUUUUGGAUAAAACACGGUUUAGUAUCUUACCUCCAAAACUGUUUAGCGAUGGAGGACUGAGCCAGUCACAGGAUGACAGCAUUGUGGGAACGAGACAUUGUAGACACAGCCUGGCUAUAAUGCCGAUUCCUGGGACUCUCUCAUCCAGCAGUCCUGAUCUCCUACAGCCAACCACCAGUAUGUUGGACUUUUCAAACCCUUCAGAUAUCCCUGAUCAAGUUAUAAGAGUUUUCAAAGCAGAUCAACAAAGUUGCUACAUUAUCAUCAGUAAAGACACUACAGCUAAAGAAGUGGUUUGUCAUGCUGUUCAUGAAUUUGGCCUGACGGGAGCAUCUGACACGUACUCUCUCUGUGAAGUCUCUGUUACUCCUGAGGGUGUCAUAAAGCAGAGAAGACUUCCAGACCAGUUCUCCAAAUUAGCUGAUCGAAUUCAACUCAAUGGAAGGUAUUAUUUAAAAAAUAACAUGGAAACAGAAACUUUAUGCUCAGAUGAAGAUGCUCAGGAACUGGUUAAGGAAAGCCAGCUGUCCAUGCUGCAGCUCAGCACCAUCGAGCUGGCCACCCAGUUGUCAAUGAGGGACUUUGACUUAUUUCGUAAUAUUGAGCCUACUGAAUACAUUGAUGACAUUUUUAAGUUGGAUUCGAAAACAGGAAAUACUCACUUGAAGGAGUUUGAGGACAUUGUAAACCAAGAGACAUUCUGGGUUGCCUCAGAGAUUUUAACAGAAUCAAAUCAGCUCAAACGGAUGAAAAUUAUUAAACAUUUUAUUAAGAUUGCACUUCACUGUCGAGAAUGUAAGAAUUUCAAUUCUAUGUUCGCAAUUAUAAGUGGCUUGAACCUCGCACCUGUAGCACGGCUCAGAGGAACCUGGGAAAAGUUACCAAGCAAGUAUGAGAAACAUCUCCAAGAUCUGCAAGACCUUUUUGAUCCAUCUAGAAACAUGGCAAAAUAUAGAAAUAUUCUUAGUAGUCAAAGCAUGCAGCCUCCAAUUAUUCCCCUGUUCCCUGUUGUCAAGAAAGACAUGACAUUUCUUCAUGAAGGAAAUGACUCCAAAGUAGAUGGUUUAGUAAACUUUGAGAAGUUAAGAAUGAUUUCUAAGGAAAUCCGUCAAGUUGUUCGAAUGACUUCUGCUAACAUGGACCCAGCUAUGAUGUUCCGCCAGAGGAAGAAGAGGUGGCGGAGUCUGGGGUCCCUGAGUCAAGGCAGCACAAAUUCAAAUAUGUUGGAUGUUCAGGGAGGUGUUCACAAGAAAAGAGCACGCCGCAGCUCUCUGCUCAAUGCUAAGAAGCUGUACGAGGAUGCACAGAUGGCGAGGAAGGUGAAGCAGUACCUGUGCAGUCUGGAUGUAGACACGGAUGAGGAAAAGUUCCAGGUCAUGUCACUUCAGUGGGAGCCUGCGUAUGGAACCUUGACUAAGAAUUUAAGUGAGAAAAAAUCAGCCAAAUCAUCUGAAAUGUCUCCAAUGCCUGUGAGGUCAGUGAACCAAAUAGCGAAAGCCCACUUGCAUCAGCCCCACAGAGUGAACCAGGUGCUCCAGGUGCCAGCUGUUAAUUUGCACCCCAUGAGGAAGAAGGGACAAGCCAAAGACCCUGCCCUGAAUACAAGUUUGCCUCCAAAAGUUUUAGGACCAACGGAAGAAAUAAGUGGUAAGAAACAGACAGAAGACACGAUUUCCAUGGCGUCAUCUUUGCAUUCUAGUCCUCCUGCAUCUCCUCAAGGCUCCCCUCGCAAAGGUUAUACACUUACACCAUCAGCUAAAUCUGACAACUUGUCCGACUCCAGCCAUAGCGAGAUUUCUUCGCGGUCCAGCAUUGUGAGCAACUGCUCUGCUGACUCCAUGUCUGUAGCUCUGCAGGAUGAGCGCUGUUCCUCCCAGGCCUUGGCUGUCCCUGAGUCCACUGGGACAUUGGAAAAGACAGAGCACCCCUUGGGGAUAGGAGACCAUGGGCAUCUUGGACCUGGGUGGACACUUUCAAAGCCAUCUCUAAUCAAGGGAAUAGCUGUCUCAUCUUCUGCGAGCAAUGAAGAGAUUUCUCAUGAGCAUAUUGUCAUAGAAGCAGCUGAUAGUGGUCGAGGAAGUUGGACUUCCUGUUCAAGCAGCUCCCAUGACAACUUCCAAAGCCUUCCAAACCCAAAAAGCUGGGACUUCCUGAACUCUUAUAGACAUACCCAUUUGGAUGACUCCAUUGCUGAAGUUGAAUCCACUGACUGUGAGCCCUACUCCUGUCCAAAAGGCUGCUCUAGAACUUGUGGGCAGUGUAAAGGGAGCCUCAACAACAGUCAGUUGAGGCAGAGUUGGGCCUCCUCCAGUUCUCUGUCUGACACGUACGAAGCAAACUAUGGGACCAUUAAAAGGAGAGUUUUGGAGGCCACCCCUGCUGAGUCAUCAGAUAGCCUGGAUCCAGUUUAUAAAACAGUCACUUCCAGUACAGAAAAGGGCUUGAUUGUGUACUGUGUCACCUCACCCAAGAAGGAUGGUAGGUAUAGGGUGCCACCUCCUACUCCUCCAGGAUAUGUGGGAAUCUCUGUAGCCGACCUAAAGGAAGGACCCUACCCGCACCUAAAACCUCCAGAGUAUAGUGUGGCCGUGCAGAGGUCAAAGAUGGUGCACAACAGCCUCUCUAACCUGCCAGCCGCCUGUCUCAGUGGCAGCCCCGUGGCCUGUGUCUCAUCGAAGAUUGUAACUCAGCCUCAGAGGCAUAAUUUGCGGGCAUCCCAUCCUAAACUAGCAGAUGUGACUGAUCCAGAUAGCGAAGCAGAUGAAAAUGAGCAGGUAUCAGCAGUCUAGCCUGUGCAUGGCCCGUUGGUGAUCCCUGAACGUCGAGGGGAAGGAACGGAACUCCGUGGUUCUGCUGGCCGACCCAGAUAGAGCUCGCUGCUGCCCCGGCCCCAGGCCCAUCGCCUGUGCUCGGAGUCCUUCCCUUCCAUCUCAGCCCUGCAGAGUGUGCUUCCUGAGCUGUGGCAGCUGUGCCCGCGCCACACGCCAGACAUGCCUGAGACCCCUCCGAGCCAAGCCAAGCCAAGCCAAGCUCAGCCUCCUCCACUCCCUGGACUUCACCGUGGCUUUCCUCUCACAGGUCAUUUUAAAGAUAAUGGUAUUAUUAUUUCCAGGCCGUAGCUUGGGCUAAAGGAUGAAUUUUAGAGUAUCUGCCAAUACCAAGAAUAUUCUUGCGUAUUUGAAAAGUAACUUAUUAUUUGUAGUAUUGUGGUUUCGUUUGUAUUUGGGAGGUUACUUUGUGUUGGUGAGCUCUUGUUGGCAAUUGUUUAUUUAAGGCUAUAAGACUCUCUGGUCUGACCAAACUGAAGUCACCUUGACAGAAAUGAUUGUUUGAUCUGCACAGAAAUGGAACUUCAUUGGUAGCGCCAGUACGAGGAGGGUCUUGGGGUGAGUAGGCUACGAAGCCCUUUGUGGUUGAAAUAGUAGGAACCUACUGAUCUCAGUGUGAAAUGAAGUUGCAGUGGGCUUCCUUGCCAACCCUUUGGGAAAAGGAGGAGGAAGAGGACUAGGUAGGUAGUGACUUAAAGUUCUAAAGGAUGAGGGUCAAUAUUCAGUGACAUAAUACAGAUGCUUCGAGGUAAAAGUCACACUGCAUCAAAUCAGAAACUAAGAGUAAAGAGCCAGUAGAAAAUGGGCUCUAGAGAGCUCUAGUAUCUCAAAACUCUCAUCUAACAUUUCUCACAACUCAAGUAUCGAAUUGUUGCUUGUAAAAGAAUUGUGAUUGGAGGUGUUGGUCAUUGCGAGGGUGAGCUUGGUGUGUUCAUUGUGCUCACAGCGCCAGGUUGCAUUCAAUCUUGAGAAGAAACCUGCAGCUCUCAGCAAAGGUCAGACCAGCAGAAAGAACUGCCAGAAGAGUCUGUGGGAAGGAGGAGCUUGAGUGAUGGAAAUGAUUGUCUCGGGUCGUUAGACCCUGAGAGGAGAAACCCUUCUGGCCUCUUGGGCCUGGCACUCUUAAUUUAAGUAUUUAAUUAAAAUUUCAAUACGUAUUUACUGGAUUAAGUGGAUUUUUCACAUUUUUAUGAGUUUUAAUGUAUUCUAUAUAUAUAUUAAGUGUAAAUUUUUUCAUUGGUUUUUAGUGUAAAGGCAAGUGAGGUUUCCUAACAUUCUGCUAUUACCAGAAAAACACCAAAGCCAUUAAGGUGCGCUACUCAGACUGGCGUGGAGUCAGGACAAUCACUUCAGAGUUGUCAUAUGCAUGUGGCCAUAUGAGAUUUCACAUGUGACUUCUGCAUUUUAAAGAGUUUGUACUUUUUUCCCUAGUGUUCUCUGUUUCCUUUGUAUCCCCUUCAUUUUUUACUUGUUUGAGCAUAGGGUCUUGCUGUGUAGCCCAGGCUGGCCUUAGACUUGCAGAGAUCCUGCUGCCUCAGCCUCCCAAAUACUGGGUAUUGCUUUCAUUUUAAAACCAUGUCACUUCCAUGUAGUAAUUGGAAGUAGUUCAUUUAUUUCCCAUCAAAAUUAACUGUAUUUUAGGGAAAAUAACAUGUCUGAAAAAUCCCCCUGGGGUGG